AUGGAAGUUACUGUACUUGUGAAUAGAAUUAACGCAGAAGGAACAGAAUACUGCCACGAUGAGGACUACAUUCGUCCCCUUGGCGGAAACACUCCCAUUGCAGCCCAGGCAAUCUAUACCGAUAACUCCGUCCUGUCGGCCAUUGCCGUCACUGCACAUCUUGACAAGACUGUAAUCUUCCUUGGAGAUCAACUUGGUCAUCUGAAGAAAUUGUGGGUGUUGUCACCGUCGGAGGCCGUUUUGUAUGAAGAGGUGGCCAUGCUUAGCGGUGACCCACGACCCGUGGCCAGGAAUGGCAUCACCUUCAGCCCUGAUAAAAACUUUAUUUACUUCAUGACAGAGAGAAAGAUCCAUAAGAUUCCCGUUGAAGACUGUUCGACCCAUACCACCUGUGAGGAUUGCCUGGGUGUUGGCAACGGUGUAGGAGACCCCUACUGUGGCUGGUGUUCACUCCAAAAGAAGUGCACAAGACGGAGCCAGACCGAGUGCGCCGGGUCCGCAGACCCUUCCAAUCUACGCUGGCUGGGCAACCUGGACCAGUGCAUCGCCAUCCUAUCCGUGGAGCCACCCAACACACCCAGCACCAGAACGCAAGAGUUGACUCUGACAACCAGAGGCCUACCCCAACUGGAUCCGACCACUAGCUUCAUGUACAUGUGUAAGUUUGGAGAUCUACCCCAGCCUGCCACGGUCGUCUUCACAACCACCACAUCCUCCGUCCGAUGCUUAACGCCCCCUAUUCAUCAACUGCCAUCAACAGUGCAAGGCGUCCUGAUGGUGACACUCUCCCUCCAUUCCACUGAGACCAACAAACUCAUCGUCAACACGACCUUUGACUUCUACGACUGCAGUGCCUUUGAUAGCUGCACCCAAUGUGUGGCCGACUACCUGUGCAACUGGUGUGUCUUUGAGAACAGGUGCAUGGGCAACGCUAGCAGCUGCAUUGCCUCAGCUGUCAUCGUUGGACAACAGGUGCAAAUAGACACAGACAUGAAGGGAAAAGAUUACUGCCCAAGGAUUGAAGACACUCCAGAAAUUCUCAUUCCAGCUGGGGAACCAGAAUUUCAACUUUUGACAGUGAAUGUUGCCAGACUCCCUGUAAUGUCUGGUUACACGUGUGUACUAAGGCACAAAGAAUGGGCGACGGAGAAAACGACUGCAGGCAUCGUACUCAGUGACACACAAAUUCUUUGCGCAUAUAUGAAGUACAACUACAUCAUGGAUGAGAAAGUCCUCAUUGCUGACUUACAGAUCCGCGGGAGCAGUUUUGUUCUGGACAACCCAACCAUGUUAACUGUGACUUUGUAUAAGUGUGGGGUCAAACGGACCAAUUGCGGCAAAUGUCUCCUGGCCGAUGCCAAAUUCUCUUGCGGUUGGUGUAAACCGUCUCAGAUGUGUAGCAUAACGACGGCGUGCACAGACAGGCAGGGUUGGCUGAGUGGACAGGACUUGUGCCCUGAUCCACACAUCACCUCGUUCAGCCCCACGAGUGGUCAUGUUGCUGGAGGUACCAGAGUGAUCAUCGAAGGAUAUAACCUGGGACAGGCCGCCAGCGACAUCAAACAAGUCACGGUGGCUGGAAUGCCAUGUCAGACGAUAGAGUACAAACGUGCAGAAAGGAUUGUCUGCAUGACUGAUGCUAGCACUGCUGGGGCAGCAAGUGAUCCCGUGGUGGUAAUGAUAGGCAGGGAUGAACCCAUUGAGAAAUAUGAAGUGACGACGAUGGAAAAGCAUUUUUCCUUCGUGGUACCCAUCAUCACUGGUGUCCAUCCACUUCUAGGACCAAUGGCUGGUGGGUCAAAGGUCACAUUAACAGGAAAAGGUCUUAAUGCAGGACGCAGCAGGAGUAUCACUGUGGCCGGCAUACCGUGCAACAUCACUGAACCAACAAAUUUGUCGGCCGAUGUCAGUAGCUGCGUCACAUCUGCAAGCACAGGCCUCAUCCAGGGACCAAUCGUAAUGAUCUUUGACCUUGUUGGGACGGCCGUGAGUUCCAGCAACUUCUCCUAUACAGAGAAUCCAGUUAUCACGAUGCAGGAACGUGAGCAGACCAUUCUCAGUGGUGGAUUGGACCUACCAAUAACAGGAAUAUAUUUGGACGUGGUGCAAGAGCCCAAAAUGAGGUUUCGUAUCGAGAGAACCCGGCAAUUCAUUCGGCCUAAGAGACAGGCAGACCAGCAGCUUGUUUCCACAAUCACCACGAAGUGUAUCAUCAAUCAUCCCGCUUCCAUGACCUGCAAGUCGCCCAAUCUCAAAUCUCCAGAACUCGCCAAUGCCUUCACCUUCGACGACAGCACCUCACCACCGUCCUUCUUCCUGCAGAGAAGCAACAUCUUCUUUGUCAUGGAUGCAGUCACCAUUCCAUCCUCCAAAGAUUUCCAAGUAUUUGUCGACCCAGAAUACUUCAUGUUUGACAAGACUGAGACAGUGGCGUAUAUGGAGCGCAGGAUACUAGAAAUCAAGGGUCGUUACAUCAAUGCAACGUACAGGGAGGGUGAUGUGAUAGUCAAAGUUGGCAAUUUGUCCUGUCGGAGUCUAAUGAUGCAACCUGAAAAAGCUGACAGCCUAUCAUGUGAAGCUCCUGAACACGAAGCUGGGCAGACCUACGACGUUGUAGUACAUCACGGCAACGUGGUUGUCAAGGUGGGUCGUCUGGAGUACCUCUCUGAGGGGCUACCCUGGCCCCUCAUUGUCGGCACCGCCUGCGGGGCCACGCUCAUUCUCCUAAUCUUACUCUUCAUCAUCUGCAUCUGGCGCCGCAUCAGCGCCAACGAGCAUCUCUUCAAGAAGAUGGAGACGCAACGGGAUGAGAUGGAGAUGAGGGCUAUGCUGGAGUACAAAGACGCCUUUGCCGAGCAACAGAUCACAGUCUUGACAGUGAGCAGUGAUGUGGAAGGCUCCGGGAUACCCUUCAGAGACUACCGCGACUACGCGGCAAGGCUUCUCUUCCCAGAGAAUCCGUCCCAUCCUGUCUUGGGAGAGAUCCCAAUCGUACGAGAAAAUAUCUCAGGCACCAAGCGCAACGACCUAGAGAAGGGUCUGGUCCAGUUUGGCAACCUGAUCAGCAACCACAUCUUCCUAGCGAUCUUCGUCAGGACCCUGGGGUCCCAGAAGACCCUGGCUCUUCGUGACCUGAACAACAUCGCCUCAUUGCUGGUCAUCGCCCUGCAUAACAAGAUGGAGUUCCUGACGCAGAACAUGAAGUUCCUUCUCCAGGAACACAUCAAGUUGUGCAUGAAGGAGGGAGAGCCACAGCAGCUGCUGAGAAGGAGCGAGGCCGUCGUUGAGAAGCUAGUGUCUCAUUGGCUGUCCAUCCUGAUGUAUGAUUCCUUGAAGGACAACAUGGGGAAACCCCUCUUCCACUUGUUCUAUGCCAUCAAGCAACAGAUUGACAAGGGUCCGGUGGAUGUUGUUACUGGGGAAGCCCGAUAUGGACUGAGUGAGAUUAAAGUCAUGCGAAAGCAGAUUGACUUUAAAACACUGAACAUCUACGCCACCAGUUGGGACAUCACCUCAGAGCCCAUCCAGUUGAAGGUGCUGGACUGCGACACCAUCUCACAAACGAAGGACAAGAUUCUGGAUGCCAUUUACAAAUCUUGUCCGUUCAGUAAACGGCCCACUCGAGAUGAGCUAGACUUGGAAUGGAGUGACAGGCCAGACGGCCCUAGCAGUAUGAUCCUUCUAGAUGACGAUGGUCGAGGCAGAUGUGAUGGAGAAUGGAAACGCAUCAAUACGCUAGCACAUUACCAGGUGCCAGAUGGUGCAACCUUGAGGUUAGUGAGAGCCCUGCCCAACAUACCAGCAAGGCAACAUGGUCUGGGCACAGCACAGAGCCCUGCCACCUCAGCCUCUCCCAUGAUAGACCAAGAGAAAGGAGUAAAGUGUUGGCAUCUGGUCAAGCAGGCCGACUCUGGCAGUAUAAGCAAGGGCGAAAGAGACCAGAAAAUGAUGGCUGAGAUCUGUCUCCCCAGGCUACUAACCACAAAGGGUAUCCUGCAGCAAUUUGUGGAUGAGCUCUUAGAGACCAUCUUCAACGGUGAAUCAGACGUACCCCUGGCCGUCAAAUACCUCUUUGACUUUCUAGAUGAGCAGGCCACGUCACGCAGCAUCACCAACUCUGACGUUGCACAUGCAUGGAAAAGCAAUUACCUACAGCUGCAGUUCUGGGUCAACCUGAUCAUGAAUCCUACCAUCCUGUUUGACAUCAACAAGACAGACACGGUAGACGCCUGUGUGUCCAUCAUCGGUCAGACACUCAUCGAUUCCUGCUCGGUAGCUGAACAACAUCUUACUAAGGACUCACCGUAUAACAAGCUGCUGUAUGCCAAGGAUAUCCCACAGUACAAACAGUGGGUGGUCAAAUACUACAAAGAUAUCAGUGAUAUGGCAUCGGUCAGUGAUCAGGACAUGAGUGCUAUGCUGGCCGCUCACACCAACCGUUACCAGAAUGAGUUCCAGCCACUCAAUGCACUCAAUGAGCUCUACUUCUGCUACGCUUGCGUCUUCAAGAGUGAGAUCCUGCAGUCCCUGGACGAAGACAAUGAGGCACAGAAGCAAGGUCUAAGAGACAAGCUAGAAGACAUCUUCCGUCUGAUGGCUGACUCUGCCUGACAAUGAAGGAGUCACUGGUUAAAUGACAAUUUGCAUCUUCUUCUCUAACAAACGCCCAAGCUCGACAGCGGUGAUAUGAAGUCAAUUUGUCCAAUGAUCAAGUGGAAUAAAAUGGAGCUAUUUAGCACAUGAAAGUGCCAAACAAGGAAUAUAUUUGUUUAGAAGAAUAAGAUUACCAGCUAAAAUAAUGUGCCAUGUCUGCUACGUAUAACUGGCUCUCGGCUGUUGCUUAACAAUGAGGCGCUGCUAGCAAUGAACUGCUAAGCACCUUCUCUUGCUAAGCAAAAAAAAACCUGCUUAAAAAUACCAAUCAUAAUCAGUAUACAGCCCAUGGCAUUUUGGCUGGUAACCAAAUAGCUAAGCUAAUUUAUUGUUGGCUUAGCAAAACGUCUAUGAUCUGGACGUGCAUGAAAUUAAGCUCUUGUUUAAAGUUGGACUCACAUUAAGUUUGGACCGUGUUAUUAGACCGUUUUGGUAGUUGUUAUUUGUGAAAUUAGAAGUAAAUGUUAACUAACUUUUAGAGUCAAAUGUUUAUUAAUCUAGUUUAAUGUGUUUUAUUGGCUCUCACUAAAAUAUUUCAAUGUUUAUUGUAGUCUUCCUUUUUUUGUACCAAAAAAAAUAAAGUUAAUAAAGUUUGUUGAAAAAAAUUAAUAGGUUUUCAAUCAUGAUGGAAUUUUUUUUUUAGAAUAUACAAUAUACUUACUUCCACUAUGUAAUGUCGUUUACUUUGACAGUGAAACUAGUUUUCUGAGAGAGAAUAAUUGAUACUUAAAAAGGUUCUGCUACUUUUUUGGUAUUUUAUCUUAGAUGAUUUUACUAUUGUUUCUAUUGAUCCUAGAGGUUUUCCCAAUUGUUUAAUGACACAUUUGUGUUUAUUCCAAGAAUGUGAAAUCGUGGUCCAUUGUUGUCUUCGGGUUUGUAGGAAGGUGCUGUAAAAUCUUGGACUCUUUGGAGUUUUUGGUUUUUCAAGUGGUUUUUUUUUUUCAAUGUUUUAAGUUAUUCUAGUGAUGUUGGAGGUUUUGUAGUAUCACCGCACUUAAAAUUGUUUUUUUUUUUUUUUUAGUACUAAGAGUCUUACUUGCUGUGAAAAAGCACAAACCGUCUAUGGUCAAAAGUGGUGUGGGUCCAAGUUAGAUUUUCUUUUCUGUGUAUUGUUUGUUUAAUUUGUUGGUGUAUAAUAAGGGAGUUGACUAUGGAGUCAAUUCCAUGAAUUUCAACCGAUCGGAGCAAGUGUCGGGCUUGGGUUAUACCACUUUUUGAAUUUGGGACUGUACCAUAAUUACACAUGUUGGAAUGAUCCAUUUUGUGUUCAACCACCAAGUUUGGGAUUUCAAUUAAUCAUGUUUAGUGUGUACUUGUGUAUAUAGCUUGGGCUGUACCAUUACAUAGACGGUAAAAUGAAUUCGAUUCGGGACAGUGACUGACUAAAUUAAUCUUGAAAAUAGACUGUAGCCUGUAUCUGAUAACAGUUUUCUGAGCACACCUACGUGCUGACUAGCUAUGCAGUUAAUCUUCAUUUUUGUAAUCAAGAAAUUCUAAAAAGAGUUCAUAGAUAUAAGUGAUUGAUAACAUGAAAAUGUCUUUAUUUUUCUGUAUUUUUCUUUUUAGGCAUUGACAAAAUGCACUGUCUUCCUCUCUUGCCAUUGUACAUGCCUGUAGUUACAGCUUUGAAAAAUAAUGAACCUUGCUUAAAACUGACAUAUUUUUGAUAUACAGACUCUGUACUUUUGAAAUAAAGUGAGAAAUAUACCAAAAUAAAAUACACCAGUAUACACUGGUGUGUACUGAUCAUGCUCAUUGGCAAAGUCAUGCACAUCGAAAUAUGUUUAUUCGUGAGUGUUUUAAUCAAUGACCCUGUAAACUGAUUGGACUGACGUAGUAUAUUCCACACGUGUUGUGUAGCAUUUUUCAUAUAAAUGACAAGUGGUAUGUUUUACUUCAAAGUGAGCACAAUGUUUUAAAAAAAAUGAGUGUUUUAAUAAAGGGCCAACUCAGUUGAUUUGGUCUAGGAUUAUAUAGAAGAUGUCAAAUAGUUGAUAGAUGUAACAAUGUUGUCUUAUAUUUCUAGAUACAAAUACAUCCCUUCUAUGGAACUUUUGAAUGUAA